AUGGUCCGAACAAGAAGAUCGGCGGCGGCCGACGCGAUCGCCGUUGCGCCUCCACAGCUUAAUACGAUAAGCUCGGAAAAGAGGCCCGAGGAACGACGCAGCGCAUCGAGUGUGGCAUCCGACUCAUUCACGAUCUCCACCUCGGCCACGCCUUCGUUCGGAAGCGGGUAUACCACCCCUCUCACCAGCACUUCCGAAAUGGCAACCCUAAAGGAGGCCGUGCAACCGGUCUCGGGCAAACGAGUCAAUAAUAGAAUCGAGGUGCAUUUAUCCGCAACGAGGCCGUCUAGCUUUGCGAGCCUCCGUCAGAGCAUCUUCUCCAUGGGCAGUAAGCGGAAGCGAGAUACGGCCGAGGACAGCGAGGAGGAGUUUUCAGACAGCUCUCCAGAUGCCAUCCUUGCACGAAAGCUGCAGGCAGAAGAAGAUGCGACGGCAGCGACAGUGUUCAAGCCGUCUCCCGAGGUUAGGCUUGGUCCUACGCCUGGCCCUGCGCCGCGCCGGAGCCGGCGAGGAGUGGCAGCCCCGGCUGCUACACGUGCCGCAGUAUCCAUGGAUCCGGCGCACAAUGGCAUCAGGCCUACUUCUUUGGCACCGCAGCGUGUUAAUGGCACGGGCUCUGGUAGGGCCGCGAGCAAGAGGCGGGCCGUCACCGUUCCCGAUUCGGGGGGUGAUGAUAGAACACGACCAGCACCCGAGGGCGACGAGCUCGCUUCCCUGUCAGCAGCUACUGAUAGCGACACCCCCGAUUACAGCGCAGAGGCUCUGGCUUGGUGGAGUGACAGUGACCUUUCGGACGUGGAGUACGAGACUGAGGAUGAUGACGACGAUGCUGGCGAUGGCGGUCAAGACCUGAAUGGUGCGGGGGCCGAGGACGAGAGCGCGAACGCUGGCCACAGUCCACCCCUCUCGGCUCUCGACAUGGCCAUGCGCAGUCGCCGCGCCUAUCGAGCCUAUGUCAGUAGACGCCGGGUCAAGAACAACCGUUCUCGUCUCGAGUCGAAUCACCCGGAACUUAAGACAAUGUGGAAGGAACUUGAGGAUAUGCCCAUCUUGAAAGCGGGCAAGGCGAAACAGCCCGAGUCCAUCUCUCGCCAGCUUAAACCGUUUCAGCUAGAAGGUUUGGCUUGGAUGAUGGCAAUGGAAAAGACCGAGUGGAAGGGUGGGCUGCUCGGGGACGAGAUGGGUCUCGGCAAAACCAUCCAAGCCGUCUCCCUCAUCAUGUCUGACUUCCCUGCCAAGAAGCCUUCUCUGGUGCUGGUGCCCCCGGUUGCCUUGAUGCAGUGGAUGACGGAAAUUGAGUCCUACACGGACGGGACACUCAAAACUCUCGUCUUCCACGGGACCAAUGCCAAGUCAAAGAACCUCACGGUCAAGGACGUCAAGAAGUACGACGUUGUCAUCAUGUCGUACAACAGCCUGGAAUCAAUGUACCGAAAGCAGGAGAAGGGCUUUAAGCGCAAGGCUGGCAUGUUCAAGGAGAAGUCGAUCAUUCACCAGACCGACUUCCACCGUGUGAUCCUCGACGAGGCCCACUGCAUCAAAACGCGGACGACAAUGACAGCCAAAGCAUGCUUUGCUCUCAAAGUCACAUACCGCUGGUGUCUCUCCGGCACUCCACUGCAGAACCGCAUUGGCGAGUUCUUCUCGCUGAUUCGCUUCCUCAACGUCCGCCCUUUCGCUUGCUAUCUCUGCAAGAGCUGCCCCUGUUCCACCCUCGAAUGGCAGAUGGAUGAUGACAGGAAAUGCACGGCCUGUGGGCACGGCGGCAUGCAGCAUGUAUCAGUCUUCAACCAGGAGCUUCUAAACCCCAUUCAAAAGUUCGGUAACCGUGCUGGUGGCGCCGAGGCCUUCAGGAAGCUGCGCAUCUUAACCGACCGCAUCAUGUUGCGUCGGCUGAAGAUCGACCACACCGACUCGAUGGAGCUUCCCGUCAAGGAGAUCAACGUCGAACGGCAGUUCUUUGGCGAAGAGGAGAACGAUUUUGCCAACAGCAUCAUGACAAGCGGUCAGCGCAAAUUCGAUACCUACGUCGCCAGUGGCGUCCUCCUCAACAACUAUGCCAACAUUUUCGGUCUUAUUAUGCAGAUGCGCCAGGUUGCCGACCAUCCGGAUCUAAUCCUCAAGAAAGACAGCGAGGGCGGCCAGAAUGUUCUCGUAUGUAACAUCUGCGACGAGCCCGCUGAGGAUGCCAUUCGGUCCCAGUGCAAGCACGACUUCUGCCGGACAUGUGUUAAGAGUUAUGUGAACUCGACGACCAGCCCGAAUUGCCCGCAGUGCCACAUCCCGCUCUCCAUAGACCUCGAGCAGCCCGAGAUGGAGCAGGACGAGGCCCAGGUCAAGAAGUCGUCCAUUAUCAACCGAAUCAAGAUGGAAAAUUGGACGUCGUCGUCCAAGAUCGAGCUGUUGGUCCACGAGUUGCACAAGCUCCGCUCCGACAAUGCGUCACACAAGUCCAUCAUCUUCUCCCAAUUCACAACGAUGCUACAGCUCAUCGAGUGGCGCCUGCACCGUGCCGGCAUCACUACCGUCAUGCUCGAUGGCAGCAUGACUCCAGCCCAGCGGCAGGCUUCGAUCCAACACUUCAUGACCAACGUCAAUGUUGAGGUCUUCCUAGUCUCUUUGAAGGCUGGCGGCGUGGCGCUGAAUCUCACCGAGGCGUCUCGGGUCUUCAUCGUGGACCCUUGGUGGAACCCUGCAGCUGAAUGGCAAUCCGCCGAUCGGUGCCACCGCAUCGGCCAAACCCGUCCCUGCACCAUCACCAGACUCUGCAUCGAGGAUUCGGUCGAGAGCCGCAUGGUUCUGCUCCAGGAGAAGAAGACUAACAUGAUCAACUCCACGAUCAAUGCGGAUGAUGCAGCCAUGGACUCACUCAGCCCCCAGGAUCUCCAAUUCUUGUUCCGCGGCAACUAA